GUUGCUUUCAAAUAUAAUAAUAACCAGGACAUGCAACCCUAAACUAUUCAUAUUCAACUCCCUCCCUAGCCAGCCUUUAAUUUUCUCUUUAUAUAAAGCUUCUUCCACCUCAUCUGUUUCUCACUUUCAUUCUUAUCAUCUCCCAACAGGUUUAAUUCUCCUUGCCACUCAUAAACAUGGAGGAUUCUCAGUACUUGUUGUGGUUCAAGAGAAAACAAAUCUUGAACUCACAUAUUCAACAACCAUUUGGAGCCCGCAUCACCAACACCAACUCAUCAUGGGAGGAAAGAGCUUUUGCAGAAGAUGCUGCUAGGAUACUUGGUGGGUGCAUAUGGCCUCCAAGAUCAUACUCUUGUAAUUUCUGUAAAAGAGAGUUUAGGUCUGCUCAGGCUCUAGGGGGACACAUGAAUGUUCACAGGAGGGACAGGGCUAGGCUCAAACAAAGCCUUGGUCACCCUAAUGAAUCCCUUCAACAUCUUCACAAAAAUGAUUGUUCAGCUGCAGCAAGCAAAGCCUCAUCUUCUAGGCCCUCAACUAUAUCCACUCAAGAAAAUUGUUAUCAUCAACCUACCAUGUCUCCUUACUCUCCUUCGUUUAGCUGGGGACAUCACCACAUGGGCUCUUCUGAUUCAGAACCAAAAGGGUCUGCAGUGAAUGGAAGGGAACAGUUUUUAAAAGGUUCGGGUUGCAAUGAUUAUGUUGAAACAAGUUUGUCUGUGGGACAAAGUUCAGUGUUUGGCCAAAAGUUACCAAUUGAAUCAUAUGGGGACGAAGCUAUCAGUUAUAAAAGAUCAAAGACUUCUAUGCCUCCUUUGCCUGUCUUCCACAAGCCAUGUUCAAGUGAUAGACACCUAACUUUUCAUUCUGCAGAAUUCGUACUUGGACUCAAGCCUGGAAUGGAAGACUUAGAUCUUGAACUCAGGCUGGGGAAGCCACAGAAAGUUAUUUAGUAUAUAAGACAAACAGAAGAAGUUGUAAUGGAAUGUCAGUGUUUACCUUUAUUUUUCCCCUUUCCUAUUAGAGGUUCAUAGAAAAUAGGCCAGAACCUUCCUCGCCUAACCUAAAGCCACCUUGAGUAGAAUUCUUAGGUUUAUGUUCAUGAGAUGUUAAUUUGAAUACUAAUGUUAUAUCUAGUUGCAUGUUA